AUGGACGAAGGUUGGAUUGUAGCAGCAGCAGAUUCAGGUGAUGAAGACGAAGAUGAAGAUGACGAGUCAUUAAUUAUUGUGAAUAUUCCAAAAGGUUGUGCAGGGAUUCUCGAUGAAGGUACAGUUGGGACAGAUGGCGAUAAUGACAUUGUAGUUGUUGGCUGUUGA